CUUUGUUUCAGAAUUUCUUUUAAAUUUUGUAAAUUUUGAAAUGUAUUUUUAAUUUUCACAUUGCAAAGUGGAAUUGACUGAAAUAUCAGAAUAAUAUCAUUGCCGCAAUGAUCAAUGCAUGAAUUUCUUUCGUAAAACUAAGAAAACCUAAUGUGGUUAUGUAGUUCGGUUGCAAAACUUAAAUAAAAAAUAAAAUUAAAUACCUAAUCUCAAACUGUAUCAUAUGAACUCAUAAAUAUGGAAAAGUAAAUUAAUUAGGUAAAUAUUCCCAUGAUCCUACAUUAAUAUUGUGAAGCAAAUGUUUAAUAUUAUUUAAAACAUGGAAUGUAAAAUAAUUAGAUGUAGUUGGUUAAAUGAAGAUCCAAUAUACAUCACUUAUCAUGAUACUGAAUGGGGAAAGCCACAAUAUGACAACAUACGUCUGUUUGAGAUGAUUUGCCUUGAAGGACAACAGGCAGGAUUGUCAUGGAUAACUAUUUUAAAAAAGAGAGACAACUACCGCAGACUCUUUCAUAAUUUUGAUCCAUAUAAAAUUGCUCAAUUAAACAGCGAAGAUGUUAAUAAACUAUUAACUGACUCAGGAAUUGUAAGGCAUAAAGGUAAAAUUGAAUCAAUAGUAAAUAAUGCUAAAUGUUACAUUACAAUGAAGGAGAAUGGAGAAGAUUUUUCAGACUUCAUUUGGGGUUAUGUGAAUAAUAGUCCUAUUGAAAAUUAUUGGAAAUCUAAUUGUGAAAUACCAGCUGAGACUGAUGUAUCAAUAGAACUUUCAAAGGCCUUAAAAAGGAGAGGGUUUAAAUAUGUUGGCUCGACUAUUUGUUACGCAUUUAUGCAAGCCUGUGGUUUAGUCAAUGAUCACAUAACUGACUGUAUCUGUAAAAUGCAAGAUAUUUAAAGAUGUGGCAUGUUAUUAUAGUUCACUUGGUGAUAUUGCGACUUUGUCCAUGUAGAUUUAGGUUCUUGAUAAUCUUGUGGGAACUCUUUGAUUUUCUAGGAUAAAAAGUA